CUUUCAGGACGCCAUCAGUCUGUAACAACCGCCUCGGAAACUUACCCUUCUAGCGCCAUGCUUGACCUCGUCAUAUUCUUGAGGGCUUCCUUCUUGCUGGCUGCUGUGGCCGUAAGACAGAAACACAACCCCGACCAGGUGAUCAAGUUCGCUGACUCUUCGCAGGCCCUGCUUGCUCAUUGCGUACCUUCUCUUCGUACUCGUUUCUUAGCAUAUGGCUCUCGUCAAAAUGGUCGACAGCCAAAGAGACUCACCACCAACCCGCUAGACGCACUUGCCACUUUCCAAGUGCCUCAUAGCUGGUUUACGUCUUUCUAUGUCGUGUCCACACUGUGUUCUUUCAUAUGGUUUUCUCAGAUCCUUCUUGAUCAAUCGCUCUGGCGCAGUCUGGCAGCCUUGACCGACAUCAACAAGUCCAUGACCUUGGAUCAAAUCAUCGUCACUUGGAUACUGAUGCUCCUGCAAGGUGUUCGUCGUUUGUAUGAGUGUUUGGAAUUUACUAAGCCCUCCAAUGCUCGCAUGUGGAUCGGCCACUGGGCUUUGGGGGUAUGGUUUUAUGCUAGCAUGAGCGUAGCCGUCUGGGUCGAAGGAGCUCCAAUUCUUCGCAAGGAGUCUUUCGAUUUCUCACACUUGACCAUUGAGCCUCCAUCCCUUCGUACUUUUGCAGGCUGCUUGCUUUUCAUCCUUGCUUCCGGCGUGCAGCAUGAUUGCCAUGCAUAUCUGGCAUCCCUGAAGAAGUACAGCGUGCCCGAGCAUCCGGUAUUCUAUCGUUUGGUCUGCCCUCACUAUUUUGUCGAGUGUUUGAUCUACUUUGCGAUCUCGAUUGUUGCAGCCCCUGCCGGUGCCAUGCUGAACUGGACAAUCGUUUGUGCCCUUGUGUUCGUGGCCGCGAACCUGGGCGUGACGGCCGAUGGGACCAGAGAUUGGUAUGUACAGAAGUUUGGACCCGACAGCAUGAGCGGGAAGUGGAGGAUGAUCCCCUUCAUCUUUUGA